AUGUAUCGCUUGCGACCAAAGCCACUUAAAGUAAUGAAGUUCCCAUCUAUUACCUCCAUUUGUCUACAUAUUCAUAAUGUUGAUGUGAUUACUAAGCUCGAUUCUUUAUUCUUUUAUUUCAUGCUGGGGAAUGAAAAGAAGCAAAAACUUUAUUCACAGAAGAGUUAUAAAAUUGUCAAGAGUUGGGAAGCGCUGAGGCGACGAGUUAUAAAAGCACCGCAAGGAGAAUAA